UGCUGUUUGGUGUUUAACCGUUGACCGUUGUGGAUUUAGCUUAGUUUUGAUUUAUUAGUUAAUAGAAUUUAAAAAUAUACAAUAGGUAAUUAUUCUGUAAAGUGUAAACGUUUGUACAGUUUUCCAAAAUGAGAUCCGCUAAGAAAUAUGAAUUCCGAACGCCUUCUCGAAGUAAGCAGAAUUUAAAUCAAGAAAAGGAUCCUGUCCAAGUAUAUUGUAGAUUACGCCCUAUGCAAAGGGAUACCGAUGUUGUCUGCAUAAAGAUAAUUUCUCCAACAACAAUUCUCAUGACUCCACCAUCAACAGCGUUAAGUUAUAGAAAUGAGAAUACCAAGUCAAUGAAGUACACUUUCAAGGAAGUCUUCCCUCCAGAAACAAGUCAACAAGAUGUAUUCGAUAAAGUAGCAUUUCCUCUUGUACAAGGCUUAUUGAAAGGAGAGAAUGGUUUGUUAUUUACAUACGGAGUAACUGGAAGUGGUAAAACAUUCACAAUGACCGGUGAACCUCAUAAUUGUGGUAUAUUACCAAGAUGUUUGAAUGUUAUAUUUAAAGCAAUUAAUGACCUACAAGCUCAUAAAUAUGUGUUUAAACCAGACAAAAUGAACAUGUUUGACAUUCAAUCUGAAGCUGAGGCAAUGUUAGAACGUCAAAAAGAACUUCACAAAUUCAAAAGUGGAAAGAAAAAUAACUCUAAUCCCGACCUUAUUAUGUCUAAUACGGAUGCAUCUAAAAUAGAGGGGAUCAAAGAGGAUAAUCAAUAUGCUGUGUUUGUGACUUAUGUUGAAGUAUAUAACAAUACUGUCUAUGAUUUACUUGAAGAUGGACCACCAACAAAGCAAUUAGCGGUCAAGAUUAUAAGAGAAGACGCAGCACGCAAUAUGUAUGUACAUGGUGUAACGGAAAUUGAGAUCAAAAGUGCUGAAGAUGCAUUUGAUGCUUUCUAUUUAGGUUUAAAACGAAAGAGAAUGGCUCAUACUAUUCUAAAUGCUGAGUCAAGUAGAAGUCAUUCUGUUUUUACAAUUCGACUUGUUCAAGCACCAGUUGAUGCUAUGGGGGAAGCUGUGAUACAAAACAAGGAGUUACUCACCAUUAGUCAGUUAAGUCUUGUUGACUUAGCUGGUAGUGAACGUACCAAUAGAACUAAAAACACAGGACAAAGGUUACGGGAGGCAGGCAACAUAAACAAAUCAUUAAUGACAUUGCGUACUUGUCUUGAAUUAUUGAGAGAAAAUCAAAUCAACGGAACAAAAAACAUUGUCCCAUACAGAGAAUCAAAGAUAACACAUUUAUUUAAAAAUUUCUUUGAGGGCGAAGGCCAUGUAAGAAUGAUAGUUUGUGCCAGUCCGAAAGCUGAAGAUUAUGAUGAGACCAUUCAAGUUAUGAGGUUUGCUGAAAUGGCUGCUGAAGUGGAAGUUGUAAAGCCCCAGAUACAUGAUGUUGUAUCUAAUAUUGGUCUUAUGUCUGGCCGUAGAAAAGCUAAUAAAAUAUUUAAAACAGCUCGGGAUCACAUAGCUAGACCAGAAGCUAAAGACUUAGAGGUUGAUUUGGGUCUUGUUUACAGCCUUGGGCCAGACUUUCCUAGCAUAGAAUUAAAUAGUCCCCAAGCAUCUCAUGUAAUCAAAGAAUUGAUAGCUCAUUUAGAAAUGAGAAUCAAUAGAGCUGAAAUAAUAAAAAGGAGCAAAGCCAUACAGGAUGAAAGGUUAAGGUCUGCAUUGUUAGAUUUGGAAAAAGAGUCACUAGAAGUACGGAGUAUCAAUACAUCUUUGAAAGGACAGCUAUCCUCAGCUGAGAGGAGAAUUAAAGCUUUAGAAGAACGCCUAAUGUCAACCGAAAACACAUCAAUUAGCCACCAGAAAAAACACAAAGAAUUAACAGAAUACACUUCUAUGCUCAAACGGGAAUUGCAGGAAAAAGAAUUACUCUUGAGCCAGUAUAAGCUAGAUAAAGAGAAACAGAAAAAGAUACUUGAACGUAAAUAUAAUCACAAAAUUGCAGCAGAACAUGAGAAGGCAAAGGAGAUUAUUAUAGAAAAGCAGAAGUUGAAGAAUGCUAUUGAAGAAAAGGAGAAUAUUUUGAGGAACAUUGCAAAUGCUGUGCAUGGGCAUGGGGAUAAUAUAGAUGCUGUGCCUAGAUCAACUCUAGAAUUUGGUGCUCAAGCAAGUGUUCAAGAAUAUACACCUGGUUCUACUCCAAGAGCUUUACCUGCACAUUUAUUAACACCAUUUAGUUCUGGACACACAAAGGACAAUAGGGAGACACCAACAUCACGACGAGGUGUGGCCAUCGCUAACCCACGUCAUCGCAGAUCUCUCUCAGCUGAUGGUCGUGGUCGUGGUUGGGUAGAACAUGCACCAAACAAUAUGGUUCCAAUGGGUACUGUUAUGAAACCAACACUCGGAAAUAGCAAGCAUGUCAAUAAACUGACAAAUGUAAAGGACAUAACACACACCAAGAGAUCUAAGUAUUGUUUGUUAUCACAGCAGCAGGAUACUGAUGGUGAAGUAGAAACCAUGGCAUAUAAGGGAGACAUUGUGCCCACAUGUGGAGGAGGAGCUCAAGUGAUUUUCAAAGAUGUUGAGCUGCUGAAGCAGUUUUCACCAACCAAGGAGCGAGAAUCUCAUUCAACUAGUGGAAGACAUUCAUGUGCAAGGCAUUCUGGCAAGAGACGAGACACCGGAUGCUCACCACCACAAACACCAUCAAACACUAGCAAAAAGCAAAGGGUAGAUGAUGAUUAAAUGAACUAUUUACAGUAUUUUGUUACCAAGUAGAGAGCUUGAAAUAUGUUUCAAAGAAAAUUGCUUUAAAUAAUGAAAAUAAGUUGUUUGCUGGAAAUAAAGUGAAUUUGAUUUGACUCCAGGCUGAACAAAAGUUAAAUUUCUUUAGUUAUAUAUUUUAAAACUGUUCUUUUGAAUUGUUAAAAGCAAAUUAAAUCCAGUAGCUAUAUAACAUAGCUUGGAAUUUGAUUUCUCUGUGAAUGGUAAACAGUUAAAAUUUUGAUUUUGUGAAAUAUUAUUCUUAAGCCAACUUAACUAAUAUAAUCUCCAAAGCCACACAGGCAGUUCAGGAUACCAUGCAGAUAAUUUUAUGGUAAAUAGAAAAAGGAAGUUUGUUACGAGAUGGUAUAUGACCAAUAACACAGGAAUGCCAAAAGUGUAGCUAAACUUGUUUAAUUUCUUGUUCAUAUAUUUUUUUUAUUAGAAUAGUAAAGAUCCAGGAACAACAUUGAUUUUUCUCUGUGUUUAAAAAUGGUUUAAGGCGCAGUUAUAAAUUAGACACAGUUAUGCCAAAAUGAAUGAGGUACUUAUAUUGAUAAUGAGAUAUUUCUUAAUUCAAUUGUUCCUUAUAAUUUAUGUUUCUGUUUAUUUGAUUUCAUAUAUAUAUACAGUACUAUGAGUAUUUAUGAAUAGUAUUUUACAUUUAUUCUAGAUGUGUAUCGUCCAUUGGGAUGCACUUAGAGUUAUAACAUUGCCCGAGUAUUGUUAAUGGUUUAUUAGGUAUCUUAGAAUUACAUCAGCACUUCACCUUUUCUGCGUGUGUUCCUUCCUGCCUAAUCUUAUGAACUUGCUGCCGUUUGAGAAAUCCUACCUGAAUCACUUUGACGUCCAGCAAACCACAACCGCAAUAGAAACUAGAAUCAUGUGUUGUAUUUCUGAACUGGUACGAGUUAGGGUAUUCAUGUCUCAAGCAUACUAUCAUGACAAAGGCCAGUAACAUGUCUCUUUAUCUCUGCUAUUACUGAUGUGCUUUCCCCGUUUGACACCAAUUAAUAUAUAAAAAAAUCUCCAUAAUCCAAAGCCCCUAGGUAGAACCUAGACCCACAUAUAGAAUUGAAUAGGGCUUCUUUUCUAUUUUGGUAUCAUUGAAUAGAACAAGAAGAGAUUAUUAGAAGAAGAGAGAGAAGAAAAAACAAGAGAUUUUUCUCUUUUAAUUUAUUUUUGAAAACUAUUUGUCCACAGCUAGUAACUUUUACAUUAUAUAUUAAGCUGCUUGCGGCUGUGUUCUGCAAACAACCAUGUUGUGGAUACCAUCAGCCAGUAAAUUUAGUAAAUAGAAAGUCUUUACUUAUAAGUAUGUCUGGCACAUUAUGUAAGAAGAGUAUUUUGACUCUCAAUGUUAUACAUUAUAUUAUAGUAGAGUAACUGAAAAAGAGUACAGUACUCUAUUUUAGAGUACAGUUGUCAACAUUAUAACCGAAUGUAUUCCAAAUAAAUAUUUAGGUAACACAUGUACUCUUUUUAAGUUGCGGUUAAUAACAAAUUAUUUGUUUGUUUAUUUUGGCAUAACUGUUUCCAUUUAAUACUAGCAAUUAAGAUCACCUUAAUUUUUGUUAUUGCUCAAAUUUUGUAAUAGUUCCUUUGAAGUACAUUUUGUAUAGUACAAAUAGAUUUUCUGUGAUACAAAUUUAAAACUAGUUUUUGUUUCAACUUGGCUUAGAAAUUUAAUGUUUCUAUGUCUUAAGAAUUUAACUAUUUUAUAUUUGAUUUUUUUAGUAUCUUAUAUAUAUAUAUACAUACUUGGUAUCUGUUAUUAAAUCCCUAAGACAUAUCUACUUGACACAAUGCAGGGAGAUUCUAUCCGGAGUGCUGAUAUAUGACUUAGCCGAGCUAAGACAAGAAACGAAUUUUGUCUCCAACCAAUUAGCUGUAGAAUAUUUUGUAGUUUACUAUUUUUCUAUUUAUUUUGUAUAAUAUUAUAGGUGUGAAUAAUAAUAUUUGUACUUAAUUAGUGUAUUUAUAAUAUGGUUGCCUUUAACUUUACAACUAUGGUGUUUUUGAGUUUUUUCUGGUAUCUAGCUGUAGGUAUUCAUU